GUCUGAGAGCACCAACGCGUGUCAAGCCCUAAACUUUAAUUUGUUUUCCUGACACAUGGACAUCACCCAGAGCUUUCCCGUGGGCUGCUGUCUGUUUCAGGGAUUAAAUCUCUCCUCAACGUUUUUCCCCACUGCGGCAUAGACGCCUUUUUAAAGGAACAUAACCUGUUUUGUAACAAGCCCAAAAUGUGGAGGGCGGUGGUUAACGCCCUGUCGAGGGCCAAAGUCCCCGGAGGCCAAGCAUUCCGCCUGCUCCCUGGGAGCACCCACUGCUGCCAGGGUGCCGUGCCGGGGCUCCACACCGCCCGGCAGCUCAGCAUGAGCCCGGGGAUACAGAAGGUGGAAGCUUUGGACGCGGGCCAUUUCGUCCGUGUGGAGUGGGAGGAUGGAAGCGAGAGCCGCUACCCCUGCGUCUGGCUGAGGGACAACUGCCAGUGUCCCCUCUGCUUCCUGCCCUCCGCCGGAGCGCGCAGGCUGCUCUUCGAGGACCUGGAUGUGAACAUCGUGGUGAAGGAGGUUGCCCUGGCAGAUAGAAAAAAGGUCUCCAUCACGUGGCCUGAUGAACACGCAAGCGAAUAUGAAGCUGAGUGGCUGAAAAAACGAUGCUUCUCUGAAGAAGCCAGAGCAGAAAUGCAAGCAGAUUUAUUUUUACCAGAACGCCAGUACUGGGGCUCAGACCUUCAACUUCCCAAAAUACCUUUUGAAGAAAUCAUGUACAACGAUGAAAGUGCAUACAAGUGGCUGUGCACCCUAAAGAAAGUAGGAAUCGUUCUACUGACGGGAGCUGCUACAAGGCAGGGAGAAUUGAUUAAACUUGGCCACAGGAUUGGGUUCCUGCGCCUCACUUUUUAUGGGCCAACUUGGCAAGUGCAAGACAAAGCAGAUGCUAACAAUGUAGCUUAUACAACUGGGAAACUGUGUUUUCACACUGAUUACCCUGUUCUGCAUAAUCCACCUGGGGUCCAGUUUCUCCAUUGUAUAAAGCAAACAGCUACAGGAGGUGAAAGUGAGGUUGUAGAUGGAUUCCAUGUAUCCAACAAUCUGAAGAAACAAAAUCCUGAGGCAUAUCAGAUCCUGUCCUCUACUGCUGUAGACUACACUGAUGUUGGGGUUGACUUCUGUGAUUUUGCUGUGCACUGUAAACAAAGGAUUAUAGACAUAGAUUCCAGAGGCCAAGCAGUUCGCAUCAAUUAUAAUAAUGCAACAAGAGACACCGUGUUUGACAUACCAGCUGAAAAAGUGAGGCCAUUUUAUGCAGCUCUAAAGGAAUUUAAUGAUUUAUUAAGCAGUGCAGAACACAAGUUUACUUACAAGAUGAAACCAGGAGACAUAGUGACGUUCGAUAACUGGCGUGUGCUUCACGGUCGCCAGAGCUACCCCUCGGGUUCAGGAGUGACACGUCACCUGGAAGGUGCCUAUGCAGACUGGGAUGUGGUCCUGUCACGGCUCCGGCUCCUCAGGAAGAGGGUCCUGAACAGGGAUUGAGUUUCCUUCGGACUGGAAGGAGCGAAACAUAGAUUGUCUAACCUCGAUGACAACGACGACGGAAUCAAAAAAUUGAGUCUUCUUUUCAGAAACUAACAUUGCUUUUGACAAGGGCUUGUCAUUGAACAAGGGGAAUGGCUUUAAACUGACAGAGGGGAUGUUUUGAUUAGAUAUUAGGAAGAAAUUCUUUACUGUGGGAGUGGUGAGGCCCUGGAACAGGUUGCCCAG